CACAGGCGCGAAGUGGUACGGCCCUGAGGGGGCGGGGACAGGAUCAUGUGACCAAGCUGCGGCCGCCAUUUUGCUCUGCGGUGCUGGUAUUUAGAGCGCAGCGGCUGACGGGCCAGGUCGCCUUCGCUCGCCUCUGCGCCCGCUCGUCGGUCUGCUGUUUUCACCUCGCCGCGGCCCGCUGAGCUCGCCCCCCGCCCCGCCCGCAGACAUGUCCGAGACCAAGAACAGCCCCGAGUAUGCUUCGUUCUUCGCGGUCAUGGGCGCUUCGUCCGCCAUGAUCUUCAGCGCCCUGGGUGCCGCCUAUGGCACGGCCAAGAGUGGCACCGGCAUCGCAGCCAUGUCAGUCAUGAGGCCAGAGCUGAUCAUGAAGUCCAUCAUCCCAGUGGUCAUGGCUGGGAUCAUCGCCAUCUACGGCCUGGUGGUGGCAGUCCUCAUCGCCAACUCCCUGAAUGAUGGUAUUAGCCUCUACAGGAGUUUCCUCCAGCUUGGUGCAGGCUUGAGUGUGGGCCUGAGUGGCCUGGCAGCUGGCUUUGCCAUUGGCAUUGUGGGGGACGCCGGUGUUCGGGGCACUGCCCAGCAGCCCCGGCUGUUUGUGGGCAUGAUCCUGAUCCUUAUCUUCGCUGAGGUGCUUGGCCUCUACGGUCUCAUCGUGGCCCUCAUACUUUCCACAAAGUAGCCCCUCAAGCUCACCAGCCACAGAACACGAUGUAAAGACCACCCCCCUCCUCAUUCCAGAAUGAACAGCCUGACACAUGCACGGGCAGCCACCCCCUCCUCCGUAGUUGGUCUUGUAAAUGCGCAGUGUCCUAGUGCCCAUUGUCUGUUUCCCCGCCUGGCCCCUUCCUCCCCGUGCUGUGGACAUUGGGCCCACUCAUCUCCCAUCCAGGCCCCCGACCAGUGAGGAUGCCAGCCUCCAGCCCCCGCCCUAGAGUGCUCUGUGUAUAAGGAUGAAUUAGAGUUGUCAUUUUUCUCUUCACUGGAUGUUUAUUUAUAAAAGAUUUGACCUGUUCAUGCGUCUAUGGAGCAACCCAACUAUAUAGUACCCUUUAGGUAGAGUGUUGCCUUGUGGGGUCCCCCUUGCCGAGACUCCUUGGAUGGAACCGCCCCUUGCGCCCGGUGCCCCGGUCGGGGGCAGAACGCCAGCCACUAGGCCCUGGCGCCCAGCUGUGUCCAAUAAAGUUCUCGGAUGUGUUA